UGCUAAUAUUUGCUGUUUGGCGGGAACAACAAAUUCUAACUUUAACUUUUCCUAAAAAUGUCGCAAAAAUACAUAAUUGCUUUGUUCAGAAGUCAAUAAUUUUAUUUCAUUAUGACAAAAUUUAGCAAAUAUUUUAUACGGGAACAAGGAAUCUCUCUCUUUUGGCUUUAGAGAUCAAGUAAACUUGUGUGAACGUUGAGACAUUGCACGCAACAUGGAGGAGAAUCGAGGUGAUGACGCUGAGGACGAUGAUGAAGAAACUAUCGCUGUUUUACAGUCUUUCUUGGAAGAACAUCAUCUAAAAGAUAUUAGACACAUACUUUUGCAAGAUGAUACAUCAGAGCACUUUUCUGUUGUAGUCAACACAUUAGAACUUUUUGAUUCCAAUAUCCAUGUUAGUCAACGGUUAUUGGCUGAGCCAACGAAGACGAUGCCUCUGUUUGACAGCGCACUGGCCCAAGCAGCAAUGACAAUCAUGCAAGAUACAGAGACACCAACCAAUAUGUCUUUCAAACCAAAUCUACAUGUUCGACUUUCAAACUUACCAGUUUGUCCUGAGCUGAAGAGAAAUACUAUACCCAAGUCGUCAGACAUUGGGAAAUUCUUGGCAAUUUCAGGCACAGUCAUUAGAGUAUCAAUCAUCAAAAUGUUAGAGCAUGAGAAAGAGUAUAUCUGUAAACGCUGCAAGCAUAUAUUUUCAGUCAAGGCAGACAUGGAACAGUUUUAUGCUAUUCCAAAACCAACAAAGUGUCCAUCUUCUGAUGAGUGUAAUUCAACCAAGUUCACAUUGCUCUCAGAAACAGGCUCAGUACCCACAAGAUGUCGUGACUACCAGGAAGUGAAGAUUCAAGAGCAGGUACAGAAGCUAGCUGUUGGGACAAUCCCACGGUCAAUGUGGGUGGUGCUAGAGGAUGAUUUGGUGGAUUGCUGCAAAGCUGGUGAUGAUGUCACGAUAUGCGGAGUAGUGAUGAGGAGAUGGAGACCAAUUAUACCAGAGGUGAAGUGUGAUCUCGAGGUGGUCUUCAAAGCCAACCACGUGUCUGUGAACAACGAGCAGCGAUCAGGUGUCAUACUAACAGAAGAAAUUAAACAAGAAUUUGAUGAAUUUUGGAGACGACAUAAAAAUGCUCCACUUACUGGGAGGAACCACAUUCUGGCAAGUUUCUGUCCUCAAGUGUAUGGUUUAUAUGCAGUUAAACUUGCAGUUACCUUAGUGCUGAUUGGAGGCGUACAGAGAAUCGAUAAUUCGGGAACCCGAGUUCGUGGAGAAUCUCACAUGCUAAUGGUUGGAGACCCAGGCACUGGCAAGUCUCAAUUUCUCAAGUAUGCUGCCAAGAUCAUCCCUCGAUCAGUCCUUACUACAGGUAUAGGGUCUACAAGUGCUGGUCUUACCGUUACUGCUGUGCGGGAUUCUGGGGAAUGGCAGUUGGAGGCAGGCGCGCUGGUACUGGCAGAUGGUGGGUUGUGCUGUAUUGAUGAGUUCAACAGCAUCAGGGAACACGAUAGAGGAAGUAUUCAUGAGGCGAUGGAGCAACAGACUAUCAGUGUAGCAAAGGCUGGCAUGGUCUGCAAACUAAAAACACGUACAAGUAUUCUUGCUGCUACUAACCCUAAAGGAAAAUACGACCCUGACGAGUCUUUAGCCGUCAACAUCGCGCUUGCUAGCCCUCUACUUAGCAGAUUUGACUUGGUUUUUGUUCUGGAAGACUCAAAGAACGAGGAAUGGGACAAAAUUGUGUCUUCUUUUAUAUUGGAAGGCAAAGGCCACCCGACCAGCGACAGUGAUGAAACACUGUGGAGCAUGGAAAGAAUGCAGGCUUAUCUGUGUUACGUCAAAUCACUCCGACCAAAACUAACUCCGGAAAGCAACAGUGUGUUAAGUCGUUAUUAUCACAAUCAAAGGCAAGCAGACUCGCGUAGCGCCGCCAGGACAACGCUGAGGUUACUAGAGAGUCUUAUUCGUCUAGCGCAAGCACAUGCUCGUUUAAUGGCUCGUAAAGAAGUAACCAUUCAAGAUGCUAUCGUAGCUGUUACAUGUAUAGAAUGUUCCAUGCAGAAAACAGCGCUGCUGGGAUCAAUGAACGCGUUGCACACUAAAUUCCCUGAUGAUCCAGAAGAAGAGUUCAAGCUACAGGCUGAGAUUAUCUUGAAACGACUCGGCUUGAAUGAUUUGCUGGACAAGAUUCAUUCAUUGCCAAACACGGCCAGGGAGCCUGGUGAUCAAAGUGAAAGAGGUGAUGACGAAGAACGGGAAUCACGUGGUCUAGAUCAUGUGAGUACAGAUAAUGACAAGAGUAGUGAGAAUGAAGCAAACGAAUCAUCAGGAAGGGACGUCAAAGAACCUGAAGGGAACGCAUCACGUGAUCACGAUAAUGAACUGCUUAAUGAUGAGAAUAUUGGUGGCAACUCACAUAGUUUAGACCAAGUCAUUAUCGAAGACGAGUCACGUGAGCAUGGUGAAAUCGAUGAUAACAGCGAUAAGAAAAUACGUGAUACGGAAGAGCUUAAGUCACGUGACCACCGUUCCGAUAUUGACGAAUCGGCGGUUGUUGACGACGAUGAUAGCGAAGGAACACCCUCUCCUGGUACUAUAACCUCUCAAGCAUUUGAUAUCGAAAAAUUGAGUCCUGAUAGAGCGAGUUUGGGAUCUGCAUCAACGAAUACUCAAGACCUUGAUGUGGAGACGUCUGGUAACAACUCAAGUGAGCGCGAACACGAGAUUAACAUGGCUGGGAAAACUAUUGAAGAUAACAAGAUAGGUAAUAGCAAUGAAAAGGGUUCAGCUAGUGUAACGUCUAGCGUCUCGCGUUUGGCUCGAUUCGCUGUUAAGAACACAAAGGACUCGGGUAAUGCUAAAGAACGUUCGGCUUCUCUAGGGAGAGAAUCACAGCUUGUUCCUCCACAAACAGACACAAGUGGAUAUCAAGAAUCCAAAGGCGAUGCUCAUAUUGUGGCUCAAAUAGAAAAUACGCAGAAUGAGAGUCAAAAGAACAAAACAAAAAAAAUCUCUCCGCAAAAUAACAAUAUACUGAAUUUAUUUCGAAAGCCUUCUGCUCAAAGAUCGUCUCAACUCUCUACACAAAUGUCUAGUGUCAGCCCAAGUUCUCCAAAUACGUCACUGCCCCCAGCUAAAGUAGUAUCCAAUACAGAUGCAGUAGUAGGGAAAGCCCCAGUGAUCACCCCUAGUAUUUUCAGCACAGAUGACUUGUCGGAUGAAGAAUUAGAAGUUGAUUGGCCGAGCGACUUUCUUUCCAAGGUUGCAAAAGCUAACACCACUAACGUUGGAAAUGAAAGCAUGUUGGGUAAAGCUGGUAAACGAGGAUUGUCUGACGAGAAUGAAGAACCAAACAAAAAGAAAAGAAAAGAAAACUAAUUUGAAAAUAUAUAUAAUCAUCACAAAUACCGUAAAAACUUGACAAAGGUACUUUUAGAAAUACAAUUUAAUAAGGAAACUAGUUGUAAAAGACAACGUUUCGCUGUCAUCUCGACAACAUCAUCAGGUCUAAUGAAAACUGUAAACUCUACUAUAUCUUGAUGUAAAUAUAGCUAAAGGAAGUGUGAUUGAACUUUCACUUCCUUCCUUAAGGGAAGCACGGGUUUUCUCAUCAAUGCGACCCGAGUUCGAGUUCCGCCGGGUUCGGUGUUGUAUACGAGUAGAAUUGUUUGUUGGUUCUCUCCUGUGCUUCGAGAGUUUUUCUCUGGGUUCU